AAACACAAACCAUAAUAUAUAUGUUAAUUUGUUUUGUAGAAAAAUAAUCUAGUUCAUUUAUUUUUGUUCUGUUUAUUUGCAAUAAUGUCUAUAAAGGAAUUUAGUAAAGAAUGGUGGUCAGAGGUAUACAAUCGGAUUAUUGGCGCUGUAGUAUUUCUGGACGAUAACAGCGCUGAAUGUUUGCAUUGGGACGGGGGUCUAUUCAAUCUUAUUAAUAAUGGCGCAGUUGCCGUAAAAAGUCUAUCGCCCUUUGAGAGUGCAAAAAAGGAGCAAAGGAAAGCUGUAUUCAUAACACAAACAACAAGUACUCAGCUACGUACAAUUAGCGAGAUAAUUCGCAACAGUGACUUUACUCAUUGUAUACUCAUAUCCUGUGUCAGCUUGGACGUUGUUUAUUUGGAACUUAAUGAUGGUAAAGACCUUAAUGAUUUGGUGUCAUCUGGAAAAGCUCAAGCCGAAGCUACUAAACUGUUAGAGAAUAUGCUUAUUGAAUGGAUUGGAAAAAAACAAUGUAUGGUAGAUGUGGUUUUCACCCCUAUUUUCACAAUAUCACCAACAAAUGUAGUCUUUUUGACACCACCAUACCACAAGGUAUAUCCGACAUAUGAUGGAAAAUUGAUCCCAAACACACCAUCUGUAGAUUUGUAUACCAUAACAAGUGAGGAGCGGUCAUUAGCCAGAAGAUUGGCUAGUGGACUUAACAGUAUGCUGGACUCGAUGAAUAUGAAAGAGGAUCUUUAUUACAUGGGUACCUUUAGCUCUCUAAUUGCUGGUGUCUUGGAGAAUUCCCCAGUCUGUGUGUCAAGGAGAAAGAAUUGUUCCCAGCCAGUUUCAUUAAUAAUUGUAGAUCGUACACUAGAUUUAUGUGGUGUAACAAGUCACUCAAUGGAAUCUGUUCUUGAUAAAAUAAUGGCAGUACUUCCAAAGUUUCCGGGACAUUCCAAUGAUGUUGCAGUAGACAUGUCACCGCUGUGUGAGGCUAAUGUUAUUUCUCAUCCGGAUGAUAUACAGCUGUGUCCGGGUUGCUUAUACCAUGGUAAUGAUGAUUCCUGCGCCCAAACAUAUGACCACAUGAUCAAUAAAUCACAGAAGGAGGUUAUGUUUGAUCUUUACAAUAAGUUGUCUAAACUCGACGUCCAGAAAUCACCAGGGCCUAAAACACUUUUGAAGGUCACCCCGCAGAGUGUAGAAAAAAUCAUUUCAGCGUCAAAAGGUAACUAUGACAUUAUCGGCAAACAUCUUGGCAUUCUACAGCAAGCCCUGGGCGUGGUACAAACUCUGAAGUCGCCAAAGCGAGUUCAAUUAGAACUCAUUAUGAGUUUAGAACGACAAGUAUUACAGAAUCUUGCAACUAGCAGAGAGUCGACUAGUGUACUGCACCAGAUGAGCCAUCUGAUCAAGACGAGGAAAGUUCGUGGUCUACCUCUUGAGAAUCUUCUAGCUCUAUUGAUACACGUGUAUUCUCUUAUGGGAACAGAGGUGAUGUUCAACAAACAACACGAGGAAAGCGUGCAGGAGGCCCUCAGUGUUGCUAUAUUUGAAGAUCAUAAGAGUUUGUUUCCGAGCGAGUUCGGAUACAUCGUGACUCCCGAGGAAUGUGAAGUGAUUUCGAAUAAAAUAAUGGGGCGUUUGAAAGAUGUUUCUCAGAUGAGGAGGAUACUGCAGAAGUACAAUUCUGUAUUGAAACCAUGUGAGGCGGGCACGGGGCAUGAAUACCGCGGAGUGCUGCAACAGCUAGUAGACGACCUCGUGAACACCGACCGACCGGAACUGACGGACUUGCGUCACCGGAAUGAGGGAAUCAAGGAUCUAUUACGAAGUGGUCUAAACAUUUUAACAAGCAAGAAAAAGACUCCAAAGCAUCCACUAGACAAUUCCACCGUGAUACUCUUUGUGGUUGGAGGAAUCACUGCGGAGGAGUGCAAGCAGUUGCAUCGUAGUGUGAUCACCAGCGGAGUCGAUAACGUCGUACACAUCGGUUCCACUAAAUUCGUAACACCCGUCGAGGCCAUGAGAGAUGUUCUCAAUUUAUAGCAAGGUUAUGUAACUAAACAGUAAGUUAAACUUUAUUUCAAUGGCAGGAGGAUGAAAGUUAAACAAACCUUAGAUUUAUACUUUGAGAUUUUCUAAUAGCUCUGCUACAUUGUACACUAUAAAUAGUUCAUGAUUAUAUCUUUAUUUAUAAAACAACUUUAAUUUUACUGAUAACAAUUUCGACAUAUAAAACGCCAUUUCAAUAUAAUUAUGUUUUAUAUUUAGAUCUCGACCAAUCAUGACGUAUUAAUU